AUGUCUCCAGCGACCGAAACCCUAACCCCAUCCCCCUUCCUCCGCCCGCCGUUUGUCUGCGUCGCCGUCGCCGUCGCCGUCGCCGCGGGCGAUUCCCCCACUGAGGUCUCCCCUGCAUCGGCCUUCGGUACCGAAUGCAUUGAAACAACAGGAAUGGAUCCUUUGGAAUUUCUUGCUGUUAGAUUUCACUUCGAUGGUCAGUUUUACAAUGAUGGGAGGAGGUUGCAUUACAUUGGGGGUAAAGAGGAGUUGUCAUUUGUGGAGAUUGACAAGAUGUCAUUGCCCGAAAUACAGGGCCAUCUUAAAGACCAUUACAAUUGUAGUGACCCUGUUACACUGCACUGGUUGUUUCCUGGGAAAAUGUUAUCAAAUGGGCUCAGAGUGUUGAUGGAUGACAAGGCAUGCAUGGAUAUGUGUCAGGCUAUUACUGAUGGAGGGGCUGCUGAUAUAUUUGUUGAGCGUGUUUUGGAAGAUGAUGCUGAGCAAUCUGUCAACUUAGAAAAACUUUCUGCGUAUAUUUCUUCUCCUGAGAAGAUUGAGAAAGAAGUAGCUCAAUAUAGUAAGUACAUUGAUUGGAUUAGGGACAGUGAUGAUGGUAAUGAGGUUGUCAAGGCAAAAAGUCAUUGA